CACAAAUUGUUACCGGAGUUAAAGAGAAAAAGACCCCGGGAGGCGGGAGAGGCCCCGGGCGGCCGGGCCGGGUGCUCAGAGAAGACGAGCCCCGUGCUGAUUUCCAAACCUGUGAACAAAUGGAUUGCUUUGAGAAUGGAAAGUUCAGUUCUCAAACGGGCUCCCAGCAGCACAGGGACAGAGACAUUCCAGAUGAUUGCAGAAACAGGGAGUAGUAGAAAUCUUAAUACCAGCAGUGGCUGUCAGAUGAACGAGGCUGGCAGACCUGUCAAACGUGUCCGAAAGAAGAGAAGACUGCUGCUGGAGUCUGAGGAUGAGGAGGAAAAUGCAGAUGAGGAUGAGGAGAAGAAUAAAUCAAAUAAUAUGAAAAGCCGCAGAAACACUAAACCAAUAAAACAAGCUGUUCCUGGAAAGAAGAAGGUAUGGAACUGGGUUUCCUACUUAGAAGAGGAACGGAUGCCAGCUGCUCCCCUAAAGCUGUUCAGAGAGUAUCAAUCAUUCCCACAAGGCCGAAAUGGAUUUAAAGCUGGAAUGAAAUUAGAAGGGCUGGAUCCUGAGCACCCCUCUCAAUUUUGUGUUCUCACAGUGGCUGAGGUACAAGGGUACAGAAUGAGAUUGCACUUUGAUGGUUACCCAGAGUGCUAUGACUUCUGGGUUAAUGCUGACUCCUCAGACAUCCAUCCUGUUGGCUGGUGUGAAAAAACAAGUCAUAAACUGCUCCCUCCUAAAGGUUUCAAGGAGGGAGAAUUUAAUUGGACUUCCUAUUUGAAGAAUUGCAAAGCUCAAGCAGCUCCAAAAAGCCUUUUUAAGACCCUCAGCACUCCUCUCACACCCUCUGGCUUUCGACUGGGGAUGAAACUAGAGGCAGUGGACAAGAAGAAUCCCUCACUGAUGUGUGUUGCAACCAUCACAGACAUGGUGGACAACCGCCUGCUGAUCCAUUUUGAUAACUGGGAUGAGAGUUAUGACUACUGGUGUGAAGCAAGCAGCCCAUAUAUUCGUCCUGUUGGCUACUGCCAAGAAACUGGAACCCCACUGACAACACCACCUGGAUACAAGGAUUCCAAAGCCUUCUCAUGGGGGAAAUACUUGGAAGAAACUAAUUCCCAGGCAGCACCAGCAAGAGCUUUCAAACUGCGUCCUGCUCACGGAUUCCAAGUUAAUAUGAAGUUAGAGGCUGUGGACAGAAGAAAUCCCAUCUUGAUAAGAGUGGCAACAAUUGUUGACAAAGACGACCAUCGCAUUAAGAUCCAUUUUGAUGGCUGGGACCAGAAUUAUGAUUUCUGGGUGGAUGCAGACAGCCCUGAUGUGCAUCCUGUGGGCUGGUGUGCCAAAACUGGACAUGCUCUCCAAGUCCCUCUAGGUGCAGGUGAUGGAGUGGGAGCAGUGGGCCAAGCCUGUCCUACUCCUGGCUGCCAUGGGAUUGGUCACGUCAGGGGCCCACGCUAUGGAACACAUCACACGUUGGUUGGCUGCCCAUAUUCUGAUGUGAACCUUAACAGAGAAAACUUGUUACAGGAUCGUCUGAGUGGGGAGAGACCUUCCCCUGGCAAUAACAUCCAGAAAGCCAAGAGGCUGGAGGCUCCUGCCCCAUUUCUCUUGGGAGCAGGAGAGUCUUCUCAGGAGGACUCUCCACAAUCCAGAAAAUCUGCACAGGACAGUGAAAAGUCCUGUCAGAGCAGUGUUCACAGUCUGUCAGAACAGUCUGAAAACAACCAGGAGAGAGAAUGGGUAGAAGAGGAUUCCUCUGCAGACAUCAAAGCCAAAAGGAAGAAGCUUGGGUGCUCUCGUGCCUACAUCAAGUUCCAGAUGGUGAAGCAAGAAAGCAAUGGGAAAGACUCUGAGUUGGAUCUCCAGCAAGCUCUCCACCAGUCCAUCUUCAUGCCUUCCCUGGCCUCCAACCCGAGCCACCGCCUCCACCUCUGCUGGGAGCAGCACUGUAAGCUCCUGCCCGAGGUCUCAGGCCUGACAGCCAAACAUGUGGCCAAAUGGAGUGUGGAAGAGGUGGUGAGCUUUAUCCAGCGUUUACCUGGUUGCAAAGAACAAGCUUCUGUUUUCAGGGAUGAGCAGAUAGAUGGUGAGGCCUUCCUGCUCCUGAACCAGAGUGACAUUGUUAAAAUCCUCAGUAUCAAGCUGGGUCCUGCCCUGAAGAUCUACAAUGCCAUUCUCAUGUUGAAGUCUGCAGAAGACAACUAAGAGGAGCCUUCAGCAGAGCCCCUGAGGACCUGAUGGGGAAUGGAUCUUCACUUGUGAGCAUUACCAACAUGCCACACUGUUAGGUUGGGACUCAGAUGUAUUUUAAGUAGGACUGGGUAAAAAUAUUUUGUGGACAUAAAAAUCCUGCCACAGUCUGGAAUAUGGGGCAGCUUCACUUCCAAGAAGAGGAUAUUAUUAUAUUUUGUAAUUGAAUUUGGUUUUGAUAUAUCAAUCUCUUUUUGAGAUAGAGAAGAAACCUCCAGUUAUAAGGGGAAUCCAGGGUCACAUUGGUGGAGCUGCAAGAACAAGAAGAAAGCAAUGAGUAAAAUGCCUGUGUCCAGGGAUGGUGCCUGAGAGAGACUGAAUUAACACCAGCAUGUUUAAUAAGUUCAGUAUGUAGAAAAACUGAGCAACUUGCCUCUAUCCUUCAGUGCUGUGACUCAAGAGCUGAACUUUUCAGGAGUGCUUCUUAAAAUCCAGUGUCUUUUCCUGAUCCUACUUGUUCUAAUACCCUUGGUCAGCAGGAUGCUCACACCACAGCAGAAAGGUGCAUGGGCAAAGGGUUUCCAGCAGUGAUGACUUGCAUGGUUUCUGCUAAAGACCAAAAUGUUCUUGGUGUCACCAGAGAGCAAGCAGCAAGCCCUGUGUAGAGAGGCUCUGGGUAGGCAGAGAUCCCCUCAUAAAGAUAUCUCCCACAGGAAACAAAUAUUCCAGCUGGAAUUCUCCUGUCAGUGCUUUUGUGCAACUGCUCCUCUGCCCCAGGACCAACUUAGAGCAUGAUGACACAGUUAAGAGCACUUGGGAGUUGGGUGGAUUCCUUCUUGUCCUCUCCACUGUCAGCUGCGUGCUCAGUGCAGGAGCUGGGACCCCAGCAGUGCCCAGUAAGUGUGUCCAGGUGUAACCAGAUUGCCAAGAAACAAUUUGGUUUUACUUUGGAGCAGCUGAAACUCCCAAGUGCUCAGUGCUUAAGCCUCUCCAGCCUCCAGGUGGGUUUUGGUCAGUGCUGACAGGCAGAGAGGACACAGCUUUAUGGACAUGGCCAUGGGACUGUGCUCCCAUGGAAACCUUGGGAGAAGUGGUGAGCCCUGUGUGGCUCUGCCCAGUGUUCCCCUUUGUGCCUGCUAUCCUGCCAGCUCCUGAGCCAUCCUCUGGCCACCCUCCCUGUCAGGUGUUUGGUUGUUCUGGAGCUGAGCUCUGCCCAUCUCAGCUGGGGAGAUGUUUUCAUCCCAACUUUCCAGGCUGAGUCCUCUGUGCACAAACCCCUCUGAGCACUGUGAGUGUGAGACCAUGAUGUUGCUGAGGGCAGGAUGGGCAUCAGCCUCAGCCCAGGGCUGCAUGAAUUUCUCAGGGCAUUGCAUGAUGAGGUGUGACCCAUCUGGAGACACCUCCUGUGCUUGGUGUCCUUGUCACCAGUGUUGUUUCCACACUCCCCAGCCCUGCAGCAUCUCCAAGAGCCAUCAGGAACUGAGACUGAACAUGCUCUCCUUGACUGUGACACAAGAACACACUUGGGUCUCUUCCUUCCCUAAUCACUCCAUGUCCUUUGUCCCACCUUUCAGCUGCUGAGAAAGUCUUUGCCACUUGCCUGAAGUAGUGAGUUUCUUAAAACUGUAAAUAGCAGAAUCCACACUGCUGAAGGCAUUCAGUCCUGGAUUAAUAUUUAGAGCAAUUUCUAUCCAUACUUUCUAUUUUUGUAUAAGAUGUUAAGGAGCUGAAGCCUUCCACAGAGAAGACAUGGUGGUGGUGGGAUAUUUCCUAGCUGAAACAUGAAAUAUCAGUCAGGAAUUCAAUGCAGUGUUAAGGAUGAGACAGGUUAGGGAUUUAAUUUAUAAAAAUCCAUUCUUGGUAUGAUUACUGGGAUAUUCACCAAAGAGUCACAUUCCUUUAUCUCCCCCUCUGUGCAUCUGACAUCAGUGUGAAGACUUGAAUUGUAAGUGGCAUGUCCUGAACUCUGACACAACUUGCCUUCCAGGCAAAGCAAAAUUGUUUCCUGACAACUGGAGCAGAGGAUCUGUAGCUGGACUGUAUUUUCUUUCUGCCUCUCCACUGCUAAAUCACCCUGAGCCCUUCUUUGCUCCAGUUUCCCCCUCUGUGACACCCAGCCAGGUGGGGGGAGUGCAGUUUCACCUUCCUCUUGUUUCUAGCAAGCAGUUCCUGCCAGGUUUUCUGUUUUAUCUCCUUCCUCUGGGAAACUGAGUUUGGGGACAGCAGAUUGCCUCCAGCAAUAAAACAAAAUAUAACAUUAUUUCAUCUCUUUUACUAUAUAUAGAGAGAGGAUGAAGAGAAUUGGUGAAACAAGCAAUGAGAUUCUAGUCACUGAAAUUAUUCAAACAGAAGAGAAAUCUUUAAUCCUAGGGGCUUCCAAGCCAGCUGGAUCAAAGAAGAAAAUGUGUUCUUGGAGUUGAUUCAGUGACAGUAAGAGCAGUGCUAACAGCAAGGAGGAAGGAGGAGCCCUUUUAGGGGUAGAAAAGGGAGGAAUGUGCUUCUUGUGCCUUUUUUUGUAACCCAAUAAUUGUCUUUGCAGAGCAAGCAAGAACGUGCACACAUCUCUUAGUGACUCCUUUGCCAAAGAGAGCUGGGUUCUAAAAAAAACCAAGCAACACCACAGUAACACAAGGGCCAAAAGAUUUCCAGUGCUCUUCACUGGACACAGUCAAAAUAUUUACAAGACAGAAAACCAACUAAACCAGCUCAUCUCUUAGCCCCAUAACUUAGGGAUUCAUUCACUGCUGAUGCCAUUUUGCUCCAGGACUUAUUUCUGCUGCCAGACUCUGCUUGUGCAAACUCAGCUCUGCCUUGUCCCACUCCAGACCAAGGCUUGUAGCAAGGUGAGGGGUCUGCAGAUGCCUUUGAUUGUCUGAUGCCUUGUUGUCUAAUUUGAAACAUGCACUUUGAAGCAGAAAGCCAAAACUUGGAGCUCUGUGGUGAACAAAGCUGAAAGUGGUUAAUGCCACCUAGUCUGGGGAGGCUUUUGUUGGCUGCUCACUGUCAGCAGAAACCAGCUGGUGGCCCAACUAAACCCUGAAGUCAUUUAGAAAUAUAAAUAUAUCACUUAGAAGCUCCAUGACAGCUUCCCACGGGCUGGCAGUGCAAUUGGGAAGUUUCACUUCUCAAGUAAAAUGGAUUUUACUCCUGGUUGUAGCAUCCCUGUUUCUGACAUCCAAAGCAAUCGGAUUUUUUUUUUCUCCUUGGUCGAGAGUCCUGUUAGAAUUUUUCUCUGCUGUCACCAACAAUCAUCCCUGUAAUCCAGCAGCAGGAAAUUUCUGCUCUGGGUAACAAAUUACAUGGAAGUUGGAGAGAAGCAGUGGGCAGCCCUGAUAGUGAAACUCCACAACCAAAGCAAAAAGCAAAAAGCAAAAAAAACCCAACAACAUUCACCCCCGGGGAUAAGCUAGUUCAGCUGUAGAAGAUUUCCUGCCUGCUACUUUCAUGCCCUGCUUGGGGAUUUAUAGCACAGAAAGCUUUAGAGUUUCUGACAUCCUCUCCAUGAUGGGAUGAGCCAGCUUAGUUUGGAAAUUCCUCCGACUGGAACUGGGAACACGUGCAGGGGAAGGGAGCGUGUGCCCGGUGUCGGUUCAGCCUCUGAAACGUUUGCCUCUUUUAAACCAAAUACUUGAGCUUUUUGACACUAGCCAUGACGUUGCACUCCACUGAU